UUAUACUUAUAGAAUAAACCAAUAUAUAUUAAAUCAGUUGAUAUUAAAUUCAUUAUCUAUUAUUAGCUUAUCAUUGAUUUUCUCUAUGAUUACGCAAAUUAUGACUAGAGAGGUGCAAUGCAUUUCAUGAUAAGGAGUUCUGAUGCAUCGCAAUUUCGACCUCAACUGAAAGAAGGGUGUCUCUAUUCAAUCAAGAAGUUCCAAAUUAAUAAUAAGAAGACUUCUUUCAAUCCCAUUCCGUCGAAUAUUAUGGGCAUGUUUACCAAGAACACUGUCAUCCAAACAAUCCAAGAUAACCUAGAUGCAUACCCUACAAGUUUUUUUUCUUUUGCAUCUAUUGACCAACUUAAUUCACGAAUUUGUAAUGAUACAAUUUUGACAAGUCAGAUUGUUUUCAACAAGUCUUACUUUAACUUUUUAUUUAAUUAGUUUUUGAAUCAUCAUGUUUAAUUUUCUUUUUUUGUUUAUUGUUUCUUCCAAGAUUUUAUCGGAGCUCUCAAAUCAAUUACCACCAUUGAAAAAGUCCAUUUACAAAAUCGGACAAGUGAUGUGAAGAAACGUGACCUUUAUAUAGAAGAUUUGAGUGGGAAUACGUUAAAAGUUGUUUUUCAUGGUGAUAAAGCUGAAGCCAUUGACGAAGAUCAGUUGCUGGAUAAUUUCAUCAGCCCGAUUGUAAUUGUUGCCGCAACAACUGUCAAAAAAUACAUGAGCACAACAUACCUUGCUUCCUGUUCAGCUACAAAGUUUUAUGUGGACCUUAAUAUUCCCGAAACAAUGUUACACAAGCAAAGGUAUGAAAAAGAGCCAUUUAGUGUGCAAAUCAUCAAUAUACACAUGUCUCCCCAACAAUUGUCAACAAAAGAAUAUGAAAUCAAAGAUUCAACCCUUGCAGACGUCAACAAUGCUGAUCCAACAGAAGUGCAGGGAACUAAGUUUAGAGUCAAAGGUACAAUUGUUGACAUUGAUUGUUCAAACGGCUGGUUUUACAAUUCGUGCAACGAAUGUGGGAUGGCUCUUCGGUUUUGUGCAGGCAAAUAUUAGUGCACAAAACAUGAAGAAAAAACACCUCUGCCAACAAAAAUUGGUUGGUGCAUCGAUCAUCAAGUUAGCAACACUUCAAUCAAUCGAUCGGAUGACACUACCUGGACCCUUUAAGGCCUUGAUCGAUCGAGAGAAAUUUUUUACUAUUGGUUUAACAAAAAAAGGGAUCAAAAGUGGAUUUGCCAAUUAUAAGAUAUUUGAUUCUACUGACUUGAAGGACCAAGAAUGGCACAUCGAAAUCGCUGCAACUACCUCAAAAUCAUCAACACCUCCACCUCUCACCUUAGGAUCAUCAGCAUCCAAAGCCACAACUGAAAAAGCAAAGGAGCAACUUUUGCCAAUACUAAUGAAAGCAUAAAUGAAUAUAGAGGUUUUUCCAGUGUCUACACUUGAGAAACAAGCUAUCCUGACGAAGGGAGAAGAAUCGCCAACCAAAAAAUACAAAACCAG